AUGGCGUCUCCUAAACCGCAAGAAGAUACAAGCCAGAAGAAUGCAGCUGGAUCAGUGGAUGUCGAGCGACAGGGAAGCUCGACUCCCAUAGAUUAUGCAGCUCCAAAGUCCCUCGGGGCCGGGUCCGCGCUAGCAUUAGGCGCCUUCGGUACGACACUGACAACGCUCUCGCUGAGCUUAAUGGAAUGGCGAGGUGUCGGUACUCCGAACGCCUUCGUCGCCAAUUUCUUCUUCAUUGCGGCCUUCGGGCUGGUUGUGACUGCGCAGUGGGAGCUUUCGAUCGGUAACGGGUUCGCGUAUACUGUUUUCAGUGCUUUUGGCCUGUUCUACGCUGGCUAUGGCGCCCUCCUCACACCGGCAUUCGGAGUCGCGCAGGCAUACGGCGGAACAGACACAGCGGAGUACAACAACGCGGUCGGAUUCUUCAUGAUACUAUGGACUGUCUUUGUGUUUACGUUCCUGAUUGCUUCGCUCCCGAGCAACAUCGCGUAUAUCCUGGUAUUCCUGUUUGUGGAUCUGGGGUUCUUGACUGUGGCGGCCAGCUACUUCGCCAAGGCAGAUGGCCACGCUGUGUCGGCGGCGGCUCUACAGAAAUCCGGUGGUGUGUUUUGUUUUCUGGCUGGGCUGGUUGGGUGGUAUAUUGUGUUUCAUUUGCUGUUGCAGGAUUCCUUGCUGCAUGUGCCGUUGGGUGACACGUCGCGGUUCUUUGGGAGGAAGAAGGGGAAGGCCCAGUAG